GAUCAUGGUGAAGGCCGACAUCAAACGAAACUACUAUGCGGACCUGGAACUGCCCAAUNCGCUAAAGUACCAUCCCGAUCGAAACCCUGGCAAAGAAUCCGAAAUCGUGCCCAAAUUCCAGGCCAUCCAAGCCGCUCACGAAAUCCUUCACGACCCCGUCUCCAAGACACGCUAUGAUGCAGACCGCAGGAAGGCGGGACUAGGAGGUGGUGCCUUCACCAAGCCCAACGUGCCACCGAGGAGCACCGGAACAAACCCUAUGUACCAGACUAGAUCCGACUUCCCUCCACCGCCGAGACGUACGCCAAACCCAACUGCCUCAUGGCGUAGCACUACAUCCGGUGCCUCGGGUGCCGACCGCUUCACAAACUUCCCCAAACCUGCCCCUACAAGCAAGAAGAACCCGACAGAUUCUGCAAAUGUCUUCAAUGCAUGGCAGAACAUGAAGUCGCAGGCGUCUGGUGCCGCGCCGCCACCACCACCACGAACAUCGCCUAAACGUCCUGUGCCCAAUCCACCGCCUAGACGAGACACUCGCUUUCCUACCGAGGAGGACAUUCGUGCGGGUAUGAACUAUCGCGAGGCUCCACCAAAACCUGCGGCUGGCUAUAGUGGGUUCCGCUCAGCUUGGGCCGAAUACAACAGUGCUGGCGCAAGCAAACCAAGUGCUUCAGCGUCUUCUAGCACACCGAGGAAGGGUGGGUUCGAUCCUACUUCGACCGGUGACGAGAGACAGGCAGGAAGUACUGCCAACUACUCAUCCUCUAGGAGAAAAUCAGCGGAUCCACCCUACUACCCGCCUCCACCGCCACGCUCUGCUUCUCAGAGGAAUUACUCAGACGUUCCUCCCGAGGACACUCGCACGAGGACAGCUUACUCAAACGAGGAUGCUCGUCGCACAGCCAGCACGCCUCAUGUGCCCAUGGCUUCCGAGGGAACAUCAACUUUCCGUCGAUCAACGCGUAAGGCGGGUACCGGUACUGCACGGAAACCUUUCGUCGUCUACAGUUCAAGCGAAGAUUCCGAGACUGAAGACGACUCCGCUUCCACUACUCCUGACACUGCACAGAAGACCCCUCAAUCGACGACGACCGGUCAGCCCGCUGACCCCUUCUCACGCUCAUUCACCCGUCCUAAGAAGACACCCAAUCCGCCCAGCCGACAGUUCAAAAAUGGCGUGCCCUACAAGGCUCCAGGCGAGGCUGGUGCAAGCAGCAAUUCUGGUCCAGACGCAGCAGCAAAUGCUAGCGAGAAGGACAAACCAACAAUGUAUGCCAACCAUUUCUCUACUCCUCCUUCCAAAAAGCAAGAAAAAAUGCCCUCUCCUGUCUAUCCUUUUGGAAGAACCUACCAACACAACAAAAGCCCCGACUCGAUUCCUCGAUGGGCUGUCCCGUCUUCUGUUCCUCCGGUCAAACGGACCCAUUCGGCUGCUCAACGCGCCUGGAUAGACUUGACAGAAACUGAAUCGUCUGCAAAUGUGGGAAAGAGUCAACCAACUUCCCACAUAAGACCGCCAGGCGUGCCAAGAUCUGCUGAUCCUAUUGACCUGACCACCGACGAUACUCACGAGCUCCCAUCACCAUACAAANAGACUUGUUUUACCAAAGAUGAUGCUACUGGCCUGUAUCGUCUUUACAAUGGUUCAUCACAUCAGACGAAUGCUGACUUUUACUGCAACAGAUUCACGAUACCUAUCAAUGCUGACACCUUCAGGCCGAACAUGGCCAAGAAUCGCAGCGAAGACAGUAUCAACACAUCUUUCGUACCUGAGCAGUGGGCCGGUGACUUCACCAGUAACAACGUUUUUGCUGCCGCCCAAGCCACCACUGGCCGUAAGUCUGCCACACCUUCGCGGAAGUCGUCGAGAGCCUUCCGCCAACAAUCGAGGGCCAACACUUUCCAUGAAACAUCUACACAGCCAAACCACACUGAACCCGUACCUGCACAAGACACAACUGUGCCUUCACCCACUCCAGCACCGGCAAAGUACUCGCCCGAAGAAUGGGCGAAGCACUUUCAAGACGCAUCUUGGGCCUUUGAUCCCAAUAGUCUGCGCACCUCGUCACCUGGCAAACCGGAGUCGAAACCCACCUCUAGAAGCAAUUCGGCUGCGGUGAGAAAGGGCUCGAGAGUUGCCAACGAGAUCCCUGUGAACACACCAAAGCCUGCGACAGUAGCAGAUGAAGCGGAAGAGAACGUCCCUCGUACCCAAUCGCCAGAUGAGAUGGACGUCGAUGAUGCCCCACCAGCCAGCGAAACUACUGCACCUCAACCUUCCACUGCCCAAGAGCCUCGCAUCUAUCCCGUCGACACGACUCAACUCCGCCAACACGACACCGAACCCAACAAACGCGAAAGCGAAGGCUUCAACGUCAAACUCGACGACCUGAGUGCCGCAGUCGACCCCCAACCCUCUUCAGGCCUCGACGGUCUCGCCGAUAUCAGCAGCACUUUACCUUUUACCUCCAAGGCAUCCACCUCCAUCCCCACCUUUACACCACAAAACCUCGUAUUGCCAUCUCUGCCCCGCGCACCACCCACACCCACAAAACUGACCCGCGCCUCUUGGUCCACCUAUUGCACCACCUUCUCCAUCUACCUCGACAAAUUCAACAAGUACAAUCAAGUGGUCGUAGCCCACUUUACAAAACGUCAAGACUUGGCUGCCAAAGUAGUCAAGGCUGGAAUCAAAGCACUAGAAGCUGUGGGCGAGGCAUCUACCGGAGAAGGCUUUAUGAGUUAUGCACAAGCUGUCAAGGAAGACGAACGCGUCAGAGAGUAUUGGAAUGUCGGGUGUGAGAAACACGGGGAAGCGAUUAGAGAGUUUGAGGCUGUGAGGGAGAGGGUUAGGGUGUUGAGUGAAGGGGCUGGGUUACCUGAUAAC